AUGCUCAACGUACAAAUUCAGGUCAGCUCAGCCCUCAGAGCCAUGCUUGUCACCGGUAUCAUCCUCGCGCCUGCGGUUAUGGCGACGCCAGCAGUCCAGGACCUGGUCGAUCUGAGGGUCGUCAUAAAUGCGGCAGCGAACACUAUCGGCGAUCUGAACAAUCCUAACCGAGGCUGGGGCCUGUUCGGCGACAGCAGUCAAAUGGGCACUGCAAAUCUCAUCAAUAACGUCACAAGUACGAUUCUGCAGUCAAAGUUUCAGAUUGACACAAAUAAGACCGCCUGGCUCGAUUCCAUGAAUGUUACCAACGCGACUGACCCGAGUGUCAAUACCACUCUACCGUCGGCUUGGACGCCAACGCUUCCUUUGAGUUCCAGCAUGGCUCUCCCUUCAACCCUUCCGACCAGUACACCUACCCUCGAGAACACCACCACAGAUCUGUCAACGCCGUACACCGAUUACGUCUCGUCGAUACCCAAUUUGAGUACGAGCCUUACCUCACUUGGGCGCGCCUGGCACCGUGAGAUGAACUCGCCAGUUUCGGAGGCCAUUGGCGUCUUACAAGAGAGUAUUACGACGCUGCAAACCACCAUGCUGCAAAACGAACUCAUCGAUAGCUCAGCCAUCCUGCGGACCAUUCGUGCCAGCGGUUCUCUAGAGAGCGCACAGCAAGCCUGGAGUCGCUUCCUCAAUCUGCCUGGACGUGCAGGUGGUAGUGAUUUGAGCGAGGACGAUACACUAGCGCCAGGGAAGAGGUCGGUUCAGCGACUAGCGCCAGCAAAUGGCAAACAAUACACCCAUAAGGAGCUUUGGGGUCGGAAAGAGCUGUCGAAGAUUGGCGAGCCGAAUCAAGAUGAUGCCAUCGUAGAGUGGGAAGCGAAAGCCGAGGACCUGAAGCGUGGCACGGCCCAACCAUUCAGCGCAUAA